UCGCUCUCUACAUUGUAAUCGAUCCCAGCACAUACUUGCACACUAUGGCCUACUCGCAGCAAACGCGCGCGCCCAAUGAUGCGUCGCGCACCGUCACCAUUACACCAACGCCUGCGCCUGAGGAGCAGGAGCAGCCACCGCAGGAAAUCGGCAGCAUUCGGGUUAGGGCUGGCAGGCGCCAGCGACCUCAUGUAGUGUGGGAUGAGGCCGUUGUAGACAAUGAAGGCGCGGGGAAGAAGAAGUCAAAGAUCUGCUGCAUUUACCACAAGCCUCGCCGCUUCGACGAGAGCUCGGAUGAAUCAGACUCGGACUCUGAUUCGGACUCUGAUUCUGACUGUGGCCACGAUCACUCUCAGGCUGGCCCCUCGCACGGCGGCGGGCAUGCACACCGAGACAGCGAUGGGAAUGCGAAUGUGCACACGCAGGAUCACCCUCAUGAGCCCAACGCAUAUGAGCGCCAGCCUGGCAAGGGUAAGCGACGUGCAGACCACUGAUCUUUUCGUCCUUCUGUAGACUACAGUCAUCUCCUCGUCUCUUCACUCGCUGUCGGCUUUUCUCAUCUCUUGUAUACAUGAUCGACGUUCUGCAUCUACGAGAUACCCUACGUCUAUAAUCCUAAUGUCAUGGACACUCUGCAAGUUAUAGACGAUAACAUUCUGUUGCUUCUG